AUGUCGGUGCACGCUGCCUCCUCGAGGCUCAAGGUCUCCGGGCUGUGCUUCCUCCUCCAGAUGCUCCUCAUCAUCCUCUUCGCGGUCUUCGUCCGGUACAGCCCGGACGCCAGCCCUGGCCUCCGCUCCCCGCAGCUCAACUGCAGCAGCAGGAGAAACCCCGGAUCGGGAUCGUACUACCCGCGUUCCCGGAAUGUCUGUCUCCAAACCCUCAUGGGCUUCGGCUUCCUCAUGGUCUUCCUCGGCCGCUACAGCAUGGGGAGCGUGGCCGCCUGCUUGCUCGUCACCACCUUUGCCAUCCAGUGGGCCCUGUUCAUCCAGGGGUUCAUCUAUUCCUUCCAGAAUGGCAAGAUUUACAUGGAAGCGCAGAGCAUGGUCGGUGCCGACUUCUGUGCCGGAGCCGUCCUGGUCUCCGUGGGAGCUGUUCUGGGCUGGGGAAACCCCCUCCAGAUGCUGCUGCUGCCACUGCUGGAAGUCCCCGUGUUCAGCGCCAACGAAUACAUCCUGCUCCACGUGUUGGGGGUGAGGGAUAGCGGGGGCUCCUUGACCGUCCACACCUUCGGAGCUUAUUUUGGCUUGACGCUUUCGCGGUUCCUGCGGCAGCACCGUGCGGACAAGAGGGAGCAGCAGCAGCAGGACACGGGCGUGGAGCCCUGGGCAGAGCUGAACACCUACAUGGCGAUGGCAGCCAGCACCCUGGCCACCUUCGUCAUGUCCCCUCUCCUCCGCGAGGACGGCACGCCAUGGAUGAGCCAGGUCCAGGAUGCCACCAUGGCCGGCGCAGUCAUGAUGGGCAUGGCCGGGGAGAUGCUGCUUGCCCCGUUUGGGGCCCUCAUUGCCGGGUUCCUGGCCGGCCUGAUACCCCCGCUCAGCUCCAGGUUCCUCGCACCCGUCCUGCUCCGCAAGCUGGGCAUCCGGGAUGCACGGAGCGUGCACGGCGUGCACGGCGUGCCGGGGACCCUGGGCACCUUGCUGGGGACGCUGCUCGCAGCGCUGGCGACCGCUGACACUUACGGUGACAGGCUGCAGUUGGCUUUCCCCAGCGUCGCCGAUGGCAGCAGGACGGCCACCUACCAAGCCCUGUGCCAGCUCUGCGCGCUGCCCAUCACGCUGAUAUUCGCCGUAUUCGGUGGCAGCGUCACCGGAGUCAUCCUGAAAAUUAAGUGUCUGGGAUCUCUGGACACACCGUACCUGGAAAAGGAGACCCUCCGGGAGCUGGUGGCGAAAGGAUGCGCCAGCACCGGGAGAGGGGACAGGCCGGAUUGCUCCGGAGGAACCCGCCGGCUUGGGAAGCAGGACGUGGAGCUGGAAGUCGCUUCCCAGCCCCGGGCUGUGCCUCGGUUUCCCCACACGCCGCUCUCCGAGGCUUGA